UGAUCUGAAGAUGUCAUGUCUAAGGGGCUGUCACGAGGAAGUGACGUGUCUGUUGCAGGCGAAGGAAGUUUGCUUGCAACGGUGUUGCUGGAGGAAAGUUUGUUUUCUGGUCGCAGCUUCGGAGGAGGAAAGGGCAGCAGUGGAAGGGUAUCCGAAGAAGCGUCGUCCACAGUGGGCGGGAUAUUGUGUGUAUUGCUGUUAUUAUCACCCCGAUCUAGAGUGUCGGGCUUAACCGGGAAAUAGAGUCAAUCCAGUCGCGCUGCGCCAAGCCCCUUUCUCCCCUCUCGCUCUGCUCCCCAAGAUGGGGAAAGAGCAAGAACUCCUGGAGGCGGCCCGGACCGGGAACCUCGCCGCCGUGGAGAAGCUGCUCUCCGGGAAGCGGCAGACAGCAGGGCACGGCGGUGGAUCGUCUGGAUCCGGAGGGAGCGGGAGCAGCAGUUCAUCCUCACACCCGCUCUCCAGCUUACUCAGUAUCUGGAGGGGUCCCAAUGUAAACUGUGUGGACAGCACUGGAUACACCCCAUUGCAUCACUCUGCUCUCAACGGACACAGUAAGGUGGUGGAGGUGCUGUUGAGAAAUGAAGCCCUGACAAACAUCGCAGACAACAAGGGCUGUUACCCGCUGCACCUGGCUGCCUGGAAGGGGGACCAGCAGAUCGUGAAGCUGCUGAUUCACCAGGGACCCUCGCACCCCAAGCUUAAUGAGCAGAGCUCGGUAGACAACAAAGAAUUCAAAAGGUGUGGCCCAUUUGACCCAUAUAUUAAUGCCAAGAACAACGACAAUGAGACGCCUCUGCACUGCGCUGCUCAGUAUGGCCACUCCCAGGUGGUGCAGCUCUUGCUGGAAGAGCUCACGGACCCCACCAUGCGCAAUAACAAGUUUGAGACCCCCUUGGACCUGGCUGCUCUGUACGGCCGGCUGGAGGUGGUGAAGCUGCUGCUGAAUGCCCACCCUAACCUGCUGAGCUGCCACACCAAGAAGUACACCCCUCUGCACCUGGCAGCACGCAAUGGGCACAGCGCCGUGGUACAGGUGCUGCUGGACGCGGGCAUGGACAUCAACUACCAGACUGAAAAAGGCAGUGCCCUUCACGAAGCUGCCCUGUUUGGAAAGACAGACGUGGUGCAGAUCCUGCUGGCUGCGGGUAUCGAUGUGAAUAUCAAGGACAACAAGGGCUUGACAGCGCUGGAUACUGUCAGAGAGAUGCCCUCGCAGAAGAGCAGACAGAUAGCAGCACUUAUUGAAGGUCAUGUGACAGGAAGUCCUGGUGAACCGGAGAAGGCCCCGCCUCCACAGCCAGUCCUGCCCAAUCCAGAGACUAUCAGCCCCAGGUCAAAGGGGGAGAUGGAGCGGGAGGUGUCGGAUCUCGUCACGCGGAUGGAGCCGCGGCCGGAGGAGGAGGAGUGUCCCUACGAGGCGCUGUUCGAGGCCACGUCCUGCCACUCCCUGGACAGCCUGGCCAGUGGCAAGUCCUCCGACCGAGACUCGGGCCGGCCUGAGAGCGAGCCCCCGGGAGGCAAGAAGGAACGUCCCCCUCCUCCAUCCCAGCCUCCCCCAGAGGAAGAGGACGAGCACCCCUGCACCCAUGAGGCCCUGUAUGUGAACAGCAGGAUUGAGGAGAAGGAGAAGGAGGAGGAGGAGGAGAACCCCUACGAGCUGCUGGAGACUGCAGAGACCAAGCACCCUGCCGGCCAGGACUGUCUGCAGAGCAAAGAUGAAGGCCGCGCCUCUCUGCCUGCAAACAGCCUUCUACCUCAGACCCAGCAGCCAAAGCCAGCUCCCUCCUCAAAUCUCCAGCACUCAGUCCAGGGCGCCGAGUCUCUGCCCCCCUCAGGACGAGCUCCGAGCCCCGGGCAGCACUCUGCCAAAGCCAGCGCAGAUAACUCCGGGAGCACACACCCGAAUACAGAGUGCCUAGAAGGGAGCGUGAUUCCUCAGCAGUUUUCGGGACUUUUGCACGGAGCUUCCCCAGUCUUUGAGAACCGGGAGGACCCUUUCACUGGUGGGGGGGAGAGUGGCAGCAAAACCGCUGGACCCAGGACUGGAGCGUCUGCCGUGGAGGUCAAAGGCGGUUUAGAAGCAGCAGUAACUGGGGCAGCCAUGCAGAGCUGUCCCUUGGACCCCAAACCCAGAGUGGUCUACAAGACCAUCCUGCACACCAGCAUCAACCAGCAGGCGACGGGGGGCGGGGCCUGUGGAAGGGGGGCGGGGCCUCUCCCCUGUGGACGGAUCCGACCCCCCGGUGACCUCAAGCUGGCGCGCAGCCUCUCGAAAUCGGACUCGGACCUGCUGGUGUCGCCCCCUAGCGAGGAGGACGGCUUGGGCAGCCGCAGUGAAUCGAUCUCCAAUUGCAGCGGAGGGAAGAAGCGGCUGGAGAAAUCGCCAUCCUUCGCCUCGGAGUGGGACGAGCAGACGCGCCGGCCCCCGGCCCCAGUGCCCCGCAGAGCUAAGUCAGUUCACAGAAUUGAUAAGAUUAUGAAGUUGAUCGGCGCUGGGAUCGACUUCUCCGGAGACCAGACGAGCGCAGCCUCAGGCAGCGGAGGAGGAGGAGGGGGGAGCUCCCGCGCCCUGGAGCAGCCUGUCGGAGACUGGCUGGAGCACGUCGGCCUGCCCCAGUACGAGAGCAAGCUCCUUCUGAACGGCUUCGAUGACCUGCACUUCAUGGGAAGCAAUGUAAUGGAAGACCUAGACCUGCGAGAGAUCGGGAUCUCGGACCCUCAGCACCGGAAGAAGAUCCUACAGGCUGCCCGCUCCCUGCCCAAGGUCAAGGCUCUAGGCUGUGAUGGCAGCUCCUCUCUCGCCACCUGGUUGGAUUUGCUGGGACUGCAGGAUUACCUCCAGAACUUCCUUGCCAGCGGCUACCGCACCAUUGACUGCGUCAAGAACCUGUGGGAGCUGGAGAUCGUCAACGUGUUGAAGAUUAACCUGCUCGGUCACAGGAAACGCAUCAUCGCCUCCCUCGCUGAGCGGCCCUACGAGGAAGCGCCCGUGAAACCCCCGCGGCUCUCCCAGAUCAGAUGCCAGGACCUCGUCUCCCAGACCUCCUCUCCACUCAGUCACGACUCGCACACCGGCCGCUCCAUGGACAUGCUGCUGCCCCAGGGGGAUUCUGGGAGGAGGCGAGCCGAGCACGAGCAAGAGGCCCCACGCCGCUCUCGGUCGGAGCGGCACCACACACAGGACAGACACGAGGAACGUCGAGAGCCCAAGUUAACCCUUCGACCGCCGAGCCUCGCAGCGCCCUAUGCACCAGUCCAGAACUGGCAUCAUCAGCCGGAGAAGCUCAUCUUUGAGUCCUGUGGCUACGAGGCAAACUACAUGGGAUCAAUGCUCAUUAAGGACCUCCGAGGGACUGACUCUACACAGGACGCCUGUGCGAAAAUGAGGCGGUCGACGGAGCAGAUGAGAAAGAUCCCCACUAUCGUCCUCUCCAUCACCUACAAAGGGGUGAAGUUCAUUGAUGCUUCCACCAAGAACGUCAUUGCAGAGCACGAGAUCCGGAACAUCUCCUGCGCAGCUCAGGACCCCGAGGACCUGUGUACCUUCGCCUACAUCACCAAGGACCUGCUCACCUCCCACCACUACUGCCAUGUCUUCAGCACCGUCGAUGUGAAUCUGACCUAUGAGAUCAUCAUGACCUUGGGACAGGCGUUCGAGGUAGCCUAUCAGCUGGCACUGCAGGCCCAGAGGCCCAAGCCCCAUGCCGCAGGGUCAGAGGUCACUGAGAUGAAAUCAGCACGGCCGGUUCCGAAGCCCCGCGAGAGUAGCAUGAGGAAAUCAACGGGUGCUCCUCUUCCUGAAAGUUGCUGCUGUUACUGUCAAACGUGUACCACUCACCGGCCUUCCUACCUCCCGCUGCACUCUGUCAGCCCUCGAGUCCAGAUGGAGCCGUUGGAGCUGGAGCCGGACUCUCAGUCCCAUGGCAGCGCCUCGUGGAUCGUGGACCAGAAAGCGGACCCCAAGCGGAUCAUCAGCACCAAAAAUACUGCACAUGGAUGGAUGUCCUGAUGAUCAAACUUAGGAGCUUACUGACAAUGCUGAACCAGAGAGCUGGGACGGAGCAGCGAUAGGGGGACGGGACGGGGGACCCUGUCCCCUCCCCUCUACACACCCCCUGCCAGCCCCCUUGGACACCAGGAAGACCCUCUGCGUGAGAAAGUGACUUCUCCUGGCUUUUGUCCUUUUGGAGACGGAGUUGUUAUCCCCAUACAGGUGCACAGCCCAGCCGUGUUGGGCUGAGUGUGAGAAGCCAGUAGCUGCUGGUUCAGUAGGUAGCUCUUCUAGACAAGCCAUUCUAGACACGGCUGGACUUCACAGUGCUGCAGUUGCACACAGCUACUCAGCAACUCCUUGAUGUUAAUGUGAAUUUAAGCGGUGUGCGAUAUUUUGUGUGUGUGUGUUUUUUUGGGGUUUUUUUCCAAAAAAACCCAAAAAAAACGACACAGCUGUAUGCAUUUUUCAAUUGGCAAGCUAUUUAUUCUGAAACUUGGAAUUCGUUUUUUGGGGUUCAUUUUUUGGGUGGCUAGGAACGGGCCUGAUUUUUAACCAGGACCUGUUGUUGUUUUUUAAUUUAGGUUGCAAUGCGUAUUACAGUGCCGCAUUCACAAAGUGUGAACUCCCGAGUUCUUUAAAGCAGGGGUGUCAAAUCCUGGUCCUGGAGGGCUGGUGUCACUCCUGGUUUUUGUUCCAUCUGUGCCCUAAAUUACUUAAUUGGAACAAUAAUUGGUAAUAAUUGGCUUGGACACCCCUGCUUUAAAGGAUUCUUUUUUUAAUAAUCAUUUUUUAUGAAUAAAACAAAUUAAAGCAGUCCUUGAAUCUAUUGGCAUUAAAAAAAAUAGCGUUAUAAGGUUUGAUGAAACAAAAACAAAAGGCCCCCUCUAUUGCUACUGGAAUCGGAUUGAGGCAGCCCUUCCACCUGGAAUGUGUAAUGGUCAGUUAAGGGCAGUUGUAUUACUGAGUGGCAUUUAUUUUGUCUGCAUAGUUAGGUUUGCAGGGCUAUUCCGAAGCAGAGAAACAGCUGUGUGUGUUUUUUUAUAUAGUAUAUUCUGAGAUUUAAUAAAAGGCCAGUGUUUUUUUUUUCAGUUCCACUACUAACAAAUGUCUAAAACGAUGGGUUAGUUAGACUCUAGAGGAUGCGACGGACUGUAAGUCAGUCUAUUUUAACACACACGGUGUUCAACAGCACUUUGAGCAGCACUGGGUCUCAGAGCAAGGAGCUGAAAAUCCCAUUUUAAAAGUAGAACCAAAAAAAGGUUAUCAAAGGUUAUUAUCCAUUCUCCUGCAAUAAUGCUGUCAUUUCCAUCUAGCUGUCAUGGCUGGAACGUGGACACUAAGCUUUAACACAGUGUGUAAGUACUAUUAACAGAGGAGGCAGAGAGGAAACUGGGAACAAAAUACUUAACAGCAAUAUAUGUAUAUAUUUCUAAAGGUACUGUAAAGCAUUGGCUGUGAGAGCCCAUUGUCUACACUGUACACCUUUUAAAAGUGAGCCAAUCAAUAAUGAAUAGUCCUCCCCUUUUAAGAGUCUUUAGUCAGCUAGUUACCCUAGUCUGUGAUGACUUGCUGCAGCCUGCUCUGUGUUGAUGUGGUUGUGAGGAUGUUUCAUUGUUAUAACUGGGAGCUAGGAUGCCACAUAGACACUACGUGGUGGUUUUAACAAAAUGUAUAGCGAUAAUUUAUUGUACGUUAUCUUUUUGUGCUAUUUCAAGUUGUGUUAAAACUGGGCCAGGCUGAUGUGAACUUUUAACAAUGUCACCUUUUUUAAAGGGGCACGUAGCCCCGGUGUGCAGGAACACUACAAUGCAAUUUCAAGACAAGGUACGCUGUCUCUUUAAGGAAAAGGGGGUAUGCAUCCCUCACAUCAAAAUCCGUUAGGAGAAACAUUUAAGCUCAUUUGAAAUCUGAGAAACGAUUAUAAAAAUGGUUUAUUCUAUACACAAUUUGUGCAACAGCUUGAGGAUACUUGAGGCAGUUUUCUCUUUAUAUUGCGUUCUUCCAUUAGUCCUAUUGAUUCUAUCAGCCUUGUCCAGUUUGCCAUUUGCACAUUUGCUGAUUGAGAUGGGUAGCGAUUGGGACUAAUCUAUAAUGAUGUUAUUUACUACGAUGAUGCUAAUAAUAAUGAUAAUGGAUUGUAAUUGAUCCUUAGUUUCUGUAUUUUGAUACUUGAAUGAUUCCGGUUUUCUAUAUAGAAAUGUGUAUGUAUGUAAUGUUAAUCUUUAUUGUUACAUUGUCUGGACUAAAAAAAAACAACAUAUGGUACCAGUUUCUGUUUUGUGCAAGAAAAUCAAUCGAGAACAAAAAAGAAAACUUAGACUGACCUCACUACAAAAGAAAAAAAGGUUGUAAAUAUUCCUGGAAUACCUGUAUCGUGUGUUUUUUUUUAAUGUUAUUUUUCAUAAUUGUGAAACUAAUAAUAAAUGAACAAAAGCAAAA